UGGAAGGUGGAGUGGCGAGGGCUUGACUUGCACAGUCUGCCUUCUCCCCACAGGAACGCAAAUGCUUGCCCAGAUGGUCUGAGAAUGAACUCAAGUUGCCUUUAGGAAUGGCUGCGAAGCCCACACCUGGAAAUCCCCCCUCCCUGCCCCUCCACGGCAGGUUGCAGUUGGGAGAUUCUACAGUCAUUAGAGGGAAGAGCCGGGAGUGAGCCACUCACUAGCUCGCCAGCGCUUGGUGGGAAGCAGCAGGAUGGACGUGGUCGACAGCCUUCUUGUGACUGGGAGCAACAUCACUGCCCCCUGUGUCCUCGGGCUGGAAAACGAGACUCUUUUCUGCCUGGAUCAACUGCAACCUUCAAAAGAGUGGCAGCCUGCCGUGCAGAUCCUCCUGUAUUCCUUCAUAUUCCUUCUCAGCGUGCUGGGGAACACGCUGGUCAUCGCCGUGCUGAUCCGGAACAAGAGGAUGCGCACUGUCACCAACAUCUUCCUGCUGUCCCUGGCCGUCAGCGACCUCAUGCUCUGCCUCUUCUGCAUGCCGUUCAACCUCAUCCCCAACCUGCUCAAGGAUUUCAUCUUUGGGAGUGCUGUGUGCAAGACCACCACCUACUUCAUGGGCACCUCCGUGAGUGUUUCCACUUUCAACCUGGUGGCCAUCUCUCUGGAGAGAUACGGUGCCAUCUGCAGACCCUUACAGUCCCGCGUCUGGCAAACAAAGUCCCAUGCUUUGAAGGUCAUCGCUGCCACCUGGUGCCUUUCCUUUACCAUCAUGACUCCGUACCCCAUUUACAGCAACUUGGUGCCUUUUACUAAAAAUAACAACCAGACAGCGAACAUGUGCCGCUUCCUGUUGCCAAGUGAUGCUAUGCAGCAGUCCUGGCAAACAUUCCUGCUACUUAUCCUCUUCCUUAUCCCUGGGAUUGUGAUGGUGGUGGCCUAUGGAUUGAUCUCUCUGGAACUCUACCAAGGAAUAAAAUUUGAUGCUAGCCAGAAGAAAUCUGCUAAAGAGAAGAAGCUGAGCAGCAGCAGCAGUGGCCGAUAUGAGGACAGUGAUGGCUGUUACUUGCAAAAGUCCAAGCACCCGAGGAAGCUGGAGCUUCAGCAGCUGUCCACCAGCAGCAGAGUCAAUCGCAUCAGGAGCAGCGGUUCUGCUGUCAACCUGAUAGCCAAGAAGCGGGUGAUCCGGAUGCUCAUUGUCAUCGUGGUCCUCUUCUUCCUGUGCUGGAUGCCCAUCUUCAGUGCCAAUGCCUGGCGGGCAUAUGACACUGUCUCGGCCGAGAAACACCUCUCAGGGACCCCCAUCUCCUUCAUCCUGCUCCUCUCCUACACCUCCUCCUGCGUCAACCCCAUCAUCUACUGCUUCAUGAACAAACGCUUUCGCCUGGGCUUCAUGGCCACCUUCCCUUGUUGCCCCAAUCCUGGUCCCCCGGGGGUGAGAGGAGAGGUAGGGGAGGAGGAGGAUGGGAGGACCGUAGGGGCAUCGCUGUCCAAGUACUCCUACAGCCACAUGAGCACCUCUGCUCCAGCUCCUUGAGCUGGUCCAGCAGCAGGAGGGGGGGCACGGGGAGCAAGGAAGAGAAGGAAAAGGAGGAAGAGGAAGCAAGGGUAAAUGAGAAGGAAGACCCAUUUCUCACAAGGACUCCUCAAUGUCUGCUUUUCAUCCUUGACAAAGUUCCAGGAGGAGGAACUCAAGGCGAGGUUGGGAAAACGCUAAGACAUUUUCCAUACUGUUCACUGUGGGAGAAGCCUCAGUGGGUCAGGGACAGGAGCUCCACGGAGCUCAUGCUACAAAUAUCACUGCCAAGUCCAUGUUCAAAAUGGAGGUGUAGACCUUGAGGAGCUGUAGAAUUUUCUGGAACCCCCAGUGAGGUCUCUUCAGAGUGGCACGCUGCUAUGCUCUGUUUCUCCUGCUCCUGCAGAGUUCCGCUCGGGACCUUCCUCCCCAGGACUCCCGGCUACUUCUCAUGCAUACCACAAAGCCAUGCUUUCUCAUGGCCACCAAGGCCUGCGGAGCACACUUCCUCUGGCCACUUCUGGAUAUUGGGAUAGUCUGAUACUUCUUAAGCUUGAGGUCGGUCAGGCACACUCAGAGGUGAAAGUUUAGGCCAUCAUCAGACAAGCAAAAAGAAUGUGUCUAAAAGACAGGCUUUAGAAGUUUUAUUUCUACAGGCGAAAAAGUGUGGAAACGGCUAAAAAAAAGUGUCUUCUGUCAGCGUUGCAGAAGGGAUGAUCUGUGCGGUCAACUCUCUGUGUCCUAACACACACGACUUUUUUUGUUAACCUUAACUCAAUUUCUUAUGUUUACUGUAUAUCCUCCUCUCCAGAAAGACCUUCAGGUAAGAAGAGAGAUAUAUACACCUGGGCAAGGAUGGGAACACAGAGAGUCAGGUCCCGAAGAAAACUGGCAUGCUGGGACUCGGUUAAAAAGGAGCUUUAAAUGGCAAAACUGUGUAUGCUUUUACGUGCCAUCUGUGUAGCUCUCGGCGUGUGUGUGUGUGUGUGUGUGUGUGUGUGUGUGUGUGUGUG